GAGCCAAAAACCCGCAAUAAUUGGUUGAAGGAAUAACUUCAAACAACUUCUUCAUCAAAUCCCGUUGCUCUCUCUGUCCGCGAGCUGUCACUAAACUAACCUAUAAACUCUCAAUCAAUUUCUUUUUUUCAAUUAAACAAAUUCACCAGAUUCAAAUUCAAAUUCUUGUUACAAUUUUAUGCUCGAAUUCGAAAAUCUAUGGCGUCGAACAAGAUCGAACGGGGUCACCAGAUGUACCGUGACGGAGUCUACAAAGAGGCGUUAGGGUUCUACACGGAAGCCAUCGCUAUGGCGAAGACGAAUCCGCAGAAGAUCGCUUUGCAUAGUAAUCGUGCUGCUUGUUUCCUUAAGCUUCAUGAUUUCAAGAAGGCAGCAGAAGAAUGUACCUCGGUACUUGAGCUUGAUAGCAAUCACAGUGGAGCGUUGAUGUUGCGGGCUCAAACACUGGUGACCCUGAAGGAGUACCAUUCUGCACUUUUUGAUGUCAACAGACUCUUGGAGUUGAAUCCAUCUUCUGAGGUCUAUCAAAACCUUCAUGCCCGUUUGAAGACACAGUUGUCACUUGCUCCAAUACCUGAGUCAGAAGAGGAGUUUGAGGAACAGGAAGAUGAGAAGGAUGAGGUGAUGCUAAAAGGUGAGCAAACGAAGGAAGAAAUCGGACAGAAACAUGCCACAGCUUCUAAUGUUAGGAUAGAUCAGAAGGUUGAGCCUGGCAAAGGUGUAAUUAGUAUUGAAUGUACCCCUAAAGAAACAGACCCCAAGUUUUCAUCCAAACAGGAAAGAGACCAAAUAAACGAGCCUAAAAAGUCAAUGGAAGAGCUUAAAAUUCCUAGACCACUAAACAACGAAUCAGCAGAGCAAGGAUGGCAAACAAUUCCAAAACCUAAAGGACAUUCAGCUCUGGACUAUGCACGGUGGGACAGUGUUGACAAUGAUUCUAGCGAAGAUGAUGAAGAUGAAGAAGAUGAAUCUUUUCCUCAGUACCGUUUUCGUGUGAAAACAAUUGGUGUACGUCCUGUGAAAUGAGGAUUCAAAUACGUGGUACCUAGAAAUGUCUGUUAUGAUCUGUAGUGAACAUAAACGGUGACCUCCGACGGGUGAGAAUGGACUGGUUGAAAUGCCUCAAUUAUGCUAUCUGGUUGAAGAUCUACCAAUCCUAGGGAAGUACUUUUACCCGAUGCUUUGGCUGUCAAUGUGGAUUCCCUCUGAAGCUGCCAACAUUCUACUGUUCAGUUAGUUUGCAUCUUUGUAAAUAGUAAGUUUUAGGGUUCAUGUUUCCAUAUUGGAACAUAAGUACAGGGAGAGUUUCUCACUAUGCCUUCUGAGGAUCAAUUUAUGGAGCUUCUAUCUGUUUCUUAAAUAAAUGGAGAUGUGUAUUACUAAAGUUUUAGAAUGCAAAUACAUAAAAUACAUGUCACUAUAUUUAUCACUAUUCUUAAAUGUUUUCAUUUAUAUUUCUAAACUUUAGGAAUAAUAUCUCCAUUUAUUUUAAGAAAUUUCAAAAUCGUAAUCAAUACCAUUACAUAGGGGCAGGUGAUUAUUUUUAUGUUGAUACUCCUUACAAUUAGUAUGGGUUUUUUCUUUCUUUAAUAUGAUUCAUUAUAAGCUCAGCAACAGGUUUAUGUUGUUAUAUUCUAAGGCCAUUGCUUUUUCCCAUCCGAUGGGUUUUCAGCCACUCUUAUGAAAACCAAAAAUGUCCUUCGUGCAUUCGAAGAUUAGGAUUUGAAAACCAAAAAAGGUGACUUUAGUGUCACUUGGACCCCUUGUUGGUGGCUUAGAGGGAAUUGAAUUCCUUUUGUCUUGGACAUUCCGUUAAAAUAUAAAUUUGAACAUUCUUCGGUUCGGGGUUAUAUGAUGAGGAGGAGAUUGAACACCUUUUGCUUUGGGUGCUUUUGUGUUGAGGCGGAAAUUGUGCACUUUUGGCCCAGUGAGUCUUAUGAUGUGGGGAAACUGAGAACUUUUUCGUCUUAGAUAUUUCUAUGCGAGGUGGAAACUUGACACCUUCAGGGGAGGAAGCAGGGAUCCCAAAAUUUUCUUAUCUUUUAAUAUCUCAUUAAGUAUUAUGUGAUUCCAAGCUAGGAGCUAUUUGAUGUAUUUUUUACGUGAUCGUUUUCACCUUGUUUCUAAGAUUAUGCUAUUACAUAUUAAUGAUUACUCAUUUAGAGGAGAGUAUCUUAAGACUCAGUCACUUUGUUUAAGGAGGAGUUUCAGUCUAGUCCUUCUGUUUUCAGAAGAGGAAAGGGUUGCACUCGACCACACUUUGUGGCGUAUUCUCUGGUAUGUGCUUCUUUUAAAGUUCCUCAACUAGAAACAUGUUGGUUUUAAGUGUCAGUUCAUUGCUUAUUUAUUCAACAAACUCUCUUUGUCAACUUAAAGGAUCAAUCUCUAUAAGAAUCAUUGCAUUUGAGUCAUUCGCCAUCUAGAAUGGUGUUUCUCCUGUGUAGAGUUGCGUAAAGGCUUUUGCGAUUUUCGGUUCGUACAGAUGUUGUAACACUGACUGUGGUCGUCGCAUUGUGAAUUAAUCACAGUUUGUUCUUUAACCUAAAAACGGUGAAUAGUGGUAUCCAUAUCACCAUCUUCCGAUACCGUUUUAUUCGUGGGUUUUCGCGAUCGCGGAUCGAUUUUUUAAGACCUUAGGGGUGCUCUAUCGAUUUUUUUGGUGCUAUGGUUAUCAUAUAUUUGGAUCACUAGAUACCUUAUGAACUGCUCAUGUAAGAAUUAUUCAUUCAAGUCAUGUAUGGAUGGUUUUAUUUUUGUUUUUAAUGUAAAUAUCUAAAUCUUUUACCUGAUGUUAAUUUUUGAGUUGUUUAUUGACAGAGGACAAACAAGCAAGCAACAAAAGAUAGAGUCAUAAAUCAUAAUAUAAAGUUUUCCUUUUCUAACAUUCCUAACCAAUCUAAGCAUCUCAAAUGGUAAAAAAAAACUCAAAACUCAUCAUCACUUUCUUCGAAUUACAACAAUGAUCCAAAACUUCUAACAGAACUAAUAACUAUGAUCAUCUAGAUCAAUUUGACGGAACAUGGUAGUAUUUGCCUUUACAAGUGC